AAUCAUAUGUCCUACACCUACUUCACUCUUUUUACAUCUCUCUGUCUCCCUCUCUCUCUCAUCUCUCUCUCCCAACACAAUGGCAGCUCCUUCAGCUUCUUUCGUCACUCUCUCCGUCAUCGCCGUCGUGCUCGCUCUCGUCGGAUCCGCAUUCUCCGCCGACGCUCCGGCGCCGAGCCCGACGUCCUCCGCCGGGUCCGUCUCUCCGUCAUUCGCCGCCGUCGGAUGCGCCGUCGCUGCUGUUCUCUUCGGAUAUGCUUUGAAGAUGUGAAUUGAAACGACGCCGUGUUGCAUGUGAGACAGUAUAUAUAUCUUAUAUAUGAUGGUGAUAUAUUAGUACUCGUGAAUAGUGAUAGAGUGAGUUUGUGAGAGAGUUUAUGGUUUUGAUUGCAGAUCUAGAUGUGAUUAGACAUUUAUUUUCACUCGUCGUAUGUAGUUUUCUUUAAUAUUAUCAUUAAGUACUUGGUUGAUUAUUAAAAAAAAAUAUGUCCUACACCUCACAGACGCACAAAUUAAAAUAUGUAAGUUGCACAAGCACAACGCAAUAAGUCCAAUAACGUUCCGAUAAUUGCAGCCCAUUUGAAAUCUUCGUAUACAAAUAUUGCGGGAAAAAUAACGACGUGCUACCUAACUCACACAAUACUGCGAAAUAGUUUAUCAUCGCCUUGUCUCUAAUCUUGUCAUAUCCUAAAAACAGAAUUAUUAAAAACACUUUCCUUUUCCCCUUUUAUUUCUUUUUCGUCGCAUGCAAUCAAUCUUCACAAUCCCAACACAUAUACUUACAACUCCCAUCCCCCAUCUGUAUGUAUAUACUCCGUUCCGCCAUGAAAAUUCCGCGGCUUCUCCGGCGACUCCUCUCUCUCUACAUUCUCAUCACAACCUACAUUCUCUCACUCAACCUCCCUUCCUUCCCGUUCUUCCUCCUCAUCGACGUCAUCGCCACCGUCUAUUUCAAGCUCUGCAAUCUCUCAUCCACGACCGUUGAUCUCGAUCACUCCACCACAAUGCACUUCUGGAUCUCCGCUCACCGCCGCUUCAACAAGCCGAAUCUCCUCCUGAUUCACGGCUACGGCGGCAACUCCAAGUGGCAGUUUCUCCGACAAAUUCGCCGCCUGUCGCAGCACUUCAAUUUGUACGUCCCGGACUUGUUGUUCUUCGGGGAGUCGGUGACGACGAACAAGGAUCGGACGGUGGAGUUUCAGGCGGAGUGUGUGAGCGAAGGGAUGAGGAGAUUGGGCGUGGAGAGGUGUUCGGUGUACGCGAUCAGUUACGGCGGCUACGUAGGGUUUCGGAUGGCGGAGAUUCGGGGGGAGAUGGUGGAGAAGGUGGUGAUCAUGAGUAGUGGGAUUGGUGCCACGGCGGAGCAGAUGAAGGAGCAGGUUAAGAAGAUAGGGAGAAAUGCAGUGGAUUUGUUGUUGCCCCAAAAACCCCAAGACUUGAGGCUCCUUAUGGAUUUGGCUAUUUAUACUUUUGAUCCCUUCAAGUGGCUUCCUAAUUGCAUGCUUAAUGAUUUCAUCAGAAUGACUUGUAAUGAUCAUAGAAGAGAGAAGCAAGAACUGGUGGAGGAACUGAUGGAUUCGAAAAAUGAUUCCAAGCCUCUUUCCGUCCUAACUCAGGACACACUGCUUAUAUGGGGUGAUAAGGACAAGGUCUUCCCUCUUUCUUUGGCCUAUCAACUGCAAAGGCAUUUGGGUCCAAAAUCGCGGUUAGAAAUAGUGAAGGAUGCAGGGCAUGCUGCAAAUAUUGAUGCUCCUAAUUCACUUACGGAUUUGAUUAUACCUUUUGUACUGGGUACCACCACACAAUCCUUGCAUCCAUAAGACCAUAACAUCCAACCUAGUAUGUUAUACAUUCCCUGAUGCAUAUGCUGUUUCUGAUAUUGCCAGUCCUAGUAAGAAAAGGUAGCUAGUAGUCGUUUCUUCCUGUGAUUUUGCCUUGACUGGCUAUUGGAAAGUCUGAUUAUGUAUAAAUGUUGUAGAGUUGCAUUUUCA